GUACAUUAGUUCUUGCAGGAGGCACCAUGUCCUACCCAAUCCUGCAAUUCUGGCUGUUCUCUUCAAGAUGGGUAAAACAACACGAGCAUGUAUGUUUAAAAUGAGCACAGCACGACACGGCAGGGGUGAUGCUUGUCGAAUUAGUUGACCCAUAAAGCAUGCCAUGGGUAUGAAAGGGGAUGAUAGGCACGAGUUUGUUCCAGGCUUGACUCAUUUAGCAUUUUUCUUUUUGGAAGAAACAUCUGCAUUGGUCAACUUCACUGUUGUUUAAGCCAACAACUUUCGGGGGUUGGGGCCAAGAUUAAAAAAACUUGCCAUGAGCUAUGUAGCUUGGAGAUUUCAUUGGACCACCUUAAGGAGACUGAUUUCCCACCACUUCUUGAUUUAUGUAUGGACCUUGAUGCAUCUGAGAUCGAAGCAGUUGACAUACACAAUGAAUCAUUGUAUGCUUUGGAUGGAAAUUAUGCUUUGUUGUUGAUGCACGCUGUCAAUCAAAAGCUUCGAGUUGUUGAUCUCCAUGAUUUGUCGUUUGGAAAGGAUUUCUUGAGGGAUCUUUCUCAGAGAGGUUUAACAUGCCAAGUUUUAACCUUAAGGUCUUCGCAUUUUCGGAAGCUCAACAUGAUGGGGGAGUUCAUGCGGAUACACACCCUUAACCUUGAUUUUAGUUCUUCACUCACUAGUUUUCAGGAGGAUUGUUUUACUUGCAUGCCCAAUCUAAUGUGCCUCUCUCUCUGCGAUACAAGAAUUUCAAAUCUCUGGACAACCAUUGCUGCACUUUCUAAACUCCCUUCUUUAGAUGAACUUCGAUUUCAGAAUUGGUCGUGUUGCAAUGAUGCUGGGCCUUAUUCUGCAUCAUCUAGUGGGAAAUCGGAUGACAAAACUGAUUCCAAUCAGCCAAAUAGUGUUGAUUAUGGUGGACGAUUAUCCAUUAAUGUUGGGGAUGUAACAAAUCAGAACUCAAGCACCGAACAGGGGCUCAGGAAUUUGUUUUUAAUUAAUAAUGUGGUUAUAAAUGAUGAUGUACAAAGCAUGGCUGAGGAUUCAUCAGAUGAUAGUGACCUAGAUUUUUCAAAUCCCCUGCAAGAACAUGGUUCUGUGGAGCUCUUAUCAAAUGUUUUCGCUGGGGGGAAUAGACAGGUCAAUCCACAAAACGAGGCUUCUUUUGAUAACUUACAGAAUCAAAACGAAGAAGAGCCCUUAGAAGGUGUCUUUACAAAGCAUAUUGGAGAUGUUGCAUUGACAUAUAUUUCUUAUCAUGCUUCGCCAAUAUGUUUCGAGAAACAUUAUAGAGAGUACAUGAUAGCCUCAUUACCUCAUUUGAGACUUUUAGAUAACUUGCCUAUUAGAAAGAUUGAUCAGGAAAGGGCUACGAUUAAAUUCUCAGAGUAUUUUGAAAAUCUACCUUAUCGGAGAAAGCAUAAAGAGAAUGUUGUUCAUAUGUUACAGAAACGUGAAAUUAGAGCAAGCCAAACUCAUGUGCAAAGUCAUGGGCAAAAAACAUCAAAUCUCUAUGGAAAGUCUCAAUACUUCUAUACCAGGUCUCUCUGUGCUGCAAAAAUGGGAUCUUCUGCUUGGCCUUUCUUGCAUCCACUUUCUGUCUCAGGCAGUGACUUGGGAGGUGAAAGUAGGAGCUUUCGUCCUAGGCAGUUUGAGUAUCAUCCAUCUGACUCUAGCCUAAUGGUCUUUGGAACAUUGGAUGGUGAAGUAAUUGUAGUCAACCAUGAAAAUGGAAAAAUUGUUAGUUAUAUCCCAUCGCUAGGAGCAAUGAAUAGUGUGCUGGGACUCUGUUGGCUCAAGAAGUAUCCCUCUAAGCUAAUAGCUGGCUCGGAUAAUGGUUCAUUGAAAUUAUACGAUAUCCAUCAAAUGCGAUCAACUAUACCAGGGAUAUACAGUGGUGCCGGUUCUGUGACCUUUGACGAGUUUGACCAAUUGACAUCUGUUCAUGUUAACUUCACGGAUGAACUAUUUCUUGCUAGUGGAUACUCGAGAGAUGUUGCUUUGUAUGACGUAAGUAGUGGAAGACGCUUGCAGGUGUUUACUGAUAUGCAUCAGGAGCAUAUUAAUGUAGUAAAGUUUGCAAACCAUUCCCCGUCUCUUUUUGCCACUUCUUCAUUUGAUCAGGAUGUCAAGAUGUGGGAUCUAAGACAGAAACCAAUACGACCUUGCUAUACCUCUUCAAGCUCUAGGGGUAAUGUGAUGGUUUGCUUUUCUCCAGAUGAUCACUAUCUUCUUGUGUCAGCUGUUGACAAUGAGGUUAGACAACUUCUGGCAGUUGAUGGGAGACUUCACUUGAAUUUUGAGAUAGCCUCUACAGGAAGCGCUCAAAAUUACACUCGAUCUUAUUACAUGAAUGGAAGGGAUUAUAUCAUCAGUGGGAGUUGUGACGAGCAUGUAGUCCGCAUAUGUUGUGCUCAAACAGGGAGGCGCCUGAGGGAUAUAUCUUUGGAGGGAGGAGGAGGAUCUAGGAGUUCUAUGUUUGUGCAAUCUUUAAGGGGAGAUCCUUUCAGAGAAUUCAACAUGAGUAUCUUGGCAGCCUAUAUGCGUCCACGCUCGAGGUCUGAAAUUUUCAAGGUCAAUAUGCUAGCAUCUAGUGACUAUGCCAAGGAACACUUUGAUGGUCAGCAAGCUUGCCCAACCAAUAGUAUGGGAGGUUGACGUAUGUACCUUAUUUGUAACCCUUCUCCUAGGCGAGUGUCUGCAAAGAUACAAAAAAGCGAACAUCUCCACCAGCAGUUGGGUCCAACAGCUGAGAUCAGUAAGUAGGUCUAACACCAAUCCAUGUUACCCCAUCCGCUCUUCGUAUGCUCUCCCUUGCAGGGUUUCGGACCCACUUACUGACUCGAUUUGGAUUAACUGAACCUGCGCAUAUCUCAACUGUGUUGGAUGAGAUCCAGUAGUUGGUUUGGUAGAGAUGAUUCUUUGUGGAUGCCUACCUACGUUCAGCUAAAGAAACAGUCCAUUUGCUUUGAUCUAGUAUAGGUACAUGUAAUAUGCCAUGAAAUGUGCUAGCCUUAGCUGGUUAAUGGAUUGGAGGGUAGUUAGUAGUUGAAGAUAGUAGGAAGGGUUUGUUAGUGGUCAGCUGCAAAGUGGCAUGGGUGGUUCUCGUUGUAAAAAUAAACCAUUUGUCAGUUGUAACAGAGGCGUUUCAAUCUAUAAGAAUUCUACAGAAAGCAUCAGGCUUCCGUGGGUAAGAGUUUCCAUUUAACCUGUC